AUCGCUGACAGGAUCCUGUGACACCUCCCCGCAGCCCGGCACUUGUUGCUCCCGGGACCGGCUGCCAUCCCCGAACCCACCUUGCCCCCGCGUCCCCUGUCCCCAGCUGGCUUCUGUCCUUUCCAUGCGAUCACCCGGGACGCCGAUCUCUUAGACGCCUCUGUCCCCGGCUCGAGAAACAGAUUUAAAUAAAUAAAUAAAUAAAUAAAUAAGCGCCUCGCUGGGUAGGGGCCCCGCUGGGUAGGAGCAGGAGCGCGGAGCGCUGGCCCGGGAGCCGCAGAGGUGGCGCCUCCACGGAUCGGAACGGUGGCCCCGGGCGCCGACGGCAUGACGGACGCGGCGAUGGCUAACGGGGACGGCAGGGACCCGGAGAUAGAACUCUUCGUGAAGGCUGGAAUCGAUGGGGAAAGCAUCGGCAACUGUCCCUUUUCUCAGCGUCUCUUUAUGAUCCUCUGGCUGAAAGGAGUCGUGUUCAAUGUCACCACUGUGGAUCUGAAAAGAAAGCCAGCCGACCUACACAACCUGGCCCCUGGCGCCCACCCGCCCUUUCUGACCUUCAAUGGGGAAGUGAAGACAGAUGUCAAUAAGAUCGAGGAGUUCCUGGAGGCGACUUUGACCCCUGAAAAGUACCCCAAACUGGCAGCAAAACACCGAGAAUCAAACACAGCAGGUAUCGACAUCUUCUCCAAGUUCUCCGCCUACAUCAAAAACACAAAGCAGCAAGACAACGCUGCCCUUGAAAGAGGCCUGACCAAGGUGCUGAAGAAACUAGAUGACUAUCUGAACACCCCUCUGCCAGAGGAGAUCGACAGCAACACUUUUGGGGACGAAGACAAGGGGUCACGGCGCAAGUUCCUAGAUGGGGACGAUCUGACACUGGCCGACUGCAAUCUGUUGCCCAAGCUACAUGUGGUCAAGAUUGUGGCCAAGAAAUAUCGCAACUAUGAUUUCCCAGCUGAGAUGACAGGCUUGUGGCGGUACCUCAAGAAUGCCUACGCCCGCGACGAGUUCACCAACACCUGUGCAGCUGACCAGGAGAUUGAGUUGGCCUAUGCGGAUGUCGCCAAGCGCCUCAGCCGAGCCUGAGCACAGCCAUCUUGCCCCACUGCUGCUGCGGGACUCAACCUCUCCCAAAAGAUCCCGGCUUCACAGACUCCUCUUCCACAUUGCCUCGGGAAACUUCUUUUUAAUCAGACCGCAUCUUGCUGACAUCAUCAGAACUCGAGGCUGCUAUCUUCUUCGAAGGUCAGCACCGUCCCCAUCUGAUCAUGCAGGAACCCACCUGCAGAAAUGAUAGACCGUCAAGCUCUCAGCCUUCGGACCCUGUCUGGGUUCAGUGUAUUUGGGGGGCAGUCCCCUUCUGCCAAUAUCAAAACCACACCUCAGACACACCAGAGACAUGCAACACUGUGUCCUCUUCCACCUUCCUCUUUGGCAGUAACUCCCAGGCCCACAAGAGAACAAUCUAAGUUCUUAGUGGAAAGAAACCUGCUGCUGUGUUAGGAGAGCUGGAGUGAGUGAACAGAGGAGGAUGGAGCAGGCUGUGGGAUUGGCAUCCGGCAAAUAAGCUCUCGGCAGCUUACUCUUCUCACACUCCUGUUCUGGGACCCCCUGGCCACGUUGGAAAGCCUCUAAGACACCAUCUCCUCGACCACAUGCUGUGAAUGUUUCACACCAUCACGCACCUGGCUGUGGCUGACCUCUGUUUUUAUGCUGUUCAGGCCUCUCCAGGAGAGGAAUUUGGCAUGUAGUUGCAAACUGGGUGACUAGAAGGGGUGGGGAGGGGGAACAGUGUCGAUGCCAAAAGGCCCACGGGGGUCUACCAGUCAUGGGAUUGCUUGCUUAUGGGUAGUUGUUUCCUUGGAGAUUGCACGCCUGGGUUAGAUUGUUUAUUCAUGAGUGAAUUCUGUUCUGUGAGAAAGCAGAUGGGAGUGGGAGGUGGAGGGAUGGGUGAAGAUAAAGGAGGCUCGAUAUUCCCUGGGAAUCUUUUGGUGAGUCUUCUCUCUCAUGAUCCAACUAUGUCUUGAAUUGGUGAUGUCAUGGAACUACCAAACUUAAGGCAAAACCCCAACAAUUGGUCAAAAAUCAUUCUCCACUCUCUUCAAGUUGCUCGUAGAGGCUGGUCAGCUGGCUGGUGCUUUCAGGCUACUGCUACUGGCUGAGUCCGCUUUGAUCUCUGGUGGGUGAGCGAUGCAUUCAAGAGGAGACAGGAUCAUGGCAGACCUUAGGAAGAAAGCCCAUGGGCCUUUCUGACUGGGAAACCAUGUGAUUUGAACUCCAUGAAAAAUAUAUACCAUCUGGGUUAAUUUUCCUGUCAUCUGACUCAACUGCCAGGAAAAAGCAAAGGGUAAAAUAAGUUUUAGCUAGUAUUUUGCUCCUUAGUCAUUCACUUUGAGUUUCACCUCCUUAAAAACUUAUCCGGCUUGAGCAUGGGGACCUGUGUAUGGGGAACCAAGAAACAUGAAGUAAUCGUCAGCUUCCUCCCGCAGUGAAGGCCUGUGAGAAAAGUCACCCACCACCUUUAAUAAUACCCCUUCUAUGUCACUUGCUAGUUGUGGGUAAGGCCCCAGUUGCCGGAAGGCCCCAGAACUUGACUCAUUUCUCAGUGAGGACCAGACAGUAUGGGUCUUUUCCAUGGAAACAUCAGUAAAUUUCAACCCAAAGUCUAACCCUGGGUCCACCUGCCUCUGGGAAUCUCUAAGGAAAAAAAGUGACCCACUGAUCAGAACAGAGGGAAAACAGGAGGUCUCCUCCAUCACUAAGGAAGGGAAAUUUCUCAGGAGGAUGUUUUAUGAGCCCAGGAGUUUGAACAAGGCAGAAAGAGUUGAUUGACUUCCUCUUCUACAGGAACCUUUCCACAGUAUCCCUAGAAUUUCUGUCCUUGGACUUGUUUGUAAAGGAGAAGUGGGGAGGAACCAGUCCUUUUUUACUGUAGGAAAAAGCCCCCAAUCGGCCUUCUGGGAGACAAAAGCUUGAAUGAUCCCGAAGGCCUUUUAAUUGGUGUGAAAGCCUAUUGUACUCAGAAAUCCUGCCCUGACCCUAGCAGCACAGGUCAGAUGGCCUAAGUAAGAGGCAGUUUACUUUCCUGAGACCCAUGGGGGCAUUGUUCUUGAAGCAAGUCUGUGAAGCACAAACAUCCCCACCCACCCCAAACCCCGACUCUUCUCAUUCCCCUCUGACCCCUACUCCCCCAGGCCUCCAGAAAAAAAGAAGGAUGCCCAGGUGGGGCAACUCUACCCAGAGGCUAAAGACCCCGAGUUGAUAUUCAGAACUCAGCAAUCAGUCCUUAUUUUAUUUUUUUUUUUAAUCAGUCCUUAUUUAAAGACAAACAUGACAAACCCAGUCAGUUUUGUUGUUUCUAGAUUUUCCUUCUGUGGUUGAGUCAGUUUUAUCAAAGUAACAAUAGUAAGGCACGGGGGUGGGGUGGGGCAGUUUUCUGAUCAAUUAUCACCACUUAAAAGAAGGGGAGGAGUUAGAGAGAGAAGGUACUUUUUAUUUCAACAGUAGAUUAUCAUAUAAUGCAACCGACUAUUGACUUAGAGCUUUAAUGUCUCAAGACCAGAUUUAUCAGAGUAUUCUUAAAUAAUAUUUUUUUCUGAUUUUUUUUUUCCCAAAAGAGAUUUUUCUUCAGACCCUCAGCUGUGGCUGAGCUAUGGCUAUCACUUUGUCAUAUACAAAUCAUCUCCCAGCAACAAUAGAGUGAGAUCCUUGGGUGUCCCAAGAACCAACUGAGGGAAUGUUUGACACUACACUCCAGAAUUAUAAGAUAGGAGAUAACCCUUGUCAUUGGCCUUGAAUUAUUAUUAAUGCUUCAGAAAACACCGGUGGCAUAGAAAGGUGAUUUCUUUGAGUUGAGAUCCUUCUUCAUGUCUAUCCUUUGACUUUCACAUCACUACUUUUUUUGUGUGGGGUAGCCUAGCAGGCAGAGGCAGAAACAAAAGUCAAGUCAGAAUGACUACAUUGAAUUUGCCAUCCACUCAGCACCAGCUACCUCCCAGCUUGGGCAUGGAUUCAGCUCGCUACCUGGCACCAGACUCCUGAGUUGGAAAGUGAAAAUCACACUCCAUCAGUUUAUUUAUUUGGUCACAAGAUCUCAGACCAAUUUCAGCUUCCUAGGAAAUGGCUCCAUCCACAUAGCUCACAUCCACUGCUGGUGGAACCAGAGGGAAUCUUGAUCUUUUCAUUAGAAAAAGGUAACACCAUCAGCAAGGUUUCCGGGAUCUAAUUUUCGAGCAUUUGUAAAACAAAACAACAGAAGCUGUGCACAGUGCCUGUGUUCAGUGGACACUCCGCAGCAGCAGGAGACAGACAGACAAUUCCAAGCAUCUUAGAAUGGUCGCACAAGGGUUCACACCUGGAAUAGACCUUAGAGAUCUAAAGGUCUAAAUUAAAGGGACGCUGAGUCAGGAAGGUGCAGGUCUCCCUAGUAAAAAUCUUCCACCAAGAGAAAACAGCGAGAGUCUGUGUCUACAGUGAAAUGGGUCUAGGGGCAGCAACUCUCCAGGCAUGUCUGUGCUGACCCCUCUCCUUACUGGUCGGGAGUCAUUUCAAAAGCAGAGUGUAUCAAGAUGCUGGGGUCUCCUCCUUGUAAAGAUUAAAUAUAUUUAAGUUCCUAAGUGAUCACUUCCUUAAUUUUUAGAUGAUAUUAAAAAAGAAUCUUAAGUCUUAGAGAAAGAAGAGAGCUUGUGAGGCAUCCCAGUUCUGAUGUUAGGAGAAGAGAUGAAGUGAUCGCAAUUGAUCUUGGGGCCCUUCUUGCCCCCUAGACCCAUUGUCUCCAAGCCACUGCUCUUCAGCACCCAAACCAAACCAUGUGUGCUCUCCAAAGGAAGCCAUAGUCCUCUCUCUUUCUUCAUACUUUCCUCCCAGCUUAGCUUCAGAAUACUCUGAUUUUGUAAUUAAGUAUGGUCCCAGAUGUGCGUAAUUUUACUUAAUGUUACUUAGGAAAAUGGAUCCAUACUUCCCUCCUCAACCAAUAAUCCAAUGAAACAUUGUCUCGUGCGUGAUACAGUUUGGAAUAAACUGUGCUUCAACAAAAGCAAUCUGGCUUUUUUUGGUAAAAUACAAUUUUAGGUUCCAAUCAUCUAAGGUUUUUUAAUGUAUAAAUAAAGAUUUCACACUAUUAACUAUGCAUACUUUUAAAAUAUAAAAUACCCAACUGCUAUUUGAAUUUUCUUUAUUUUCAUGACCACCUGAUUGUCCCUUUUAUGAGCUGGGGAGUUAACUAAUUUAGCAAACGAUGCCUAGCUUUGAUGAAAGAACAAACACUUCCUUUUAUCGAGACACUCCAAAUGACGGUUACUUGAUUUUCUCACGACCUUUAACUGUGUUGCUAAAAUAACAGGACUUGCUUUCAAGCCUUAAUAAAUGUAAAAUGACUUUUAAUGAACAUAUUGCUGAGUGUUUUCCUCAUGAAUCUGAACCAGUUAUAAAUUUGUUUCCCAGUCUUGAUUGGUAUUGCCUGAUUCAAAUAAAGUUGGUUUAUUUUCAAAUAUUAC